UUAUUAAAACACAUUGAACUCUCAUUUUUCUUUCUCUCGUUCUUAACAAUGCAACACUCAAUUAACGCCGCCGCAUCGCAAUCUUCACGCGGCGGCGACACCGCCGAAAGCUCCGAUACAAAAAAAGGAAAGAAACGUGGCAGUUAUAAUUGUGGACGUUGUGGCCUUCCCAAAAAAGGACAUAACUGUAAUAUCAAAACGCCAGUUUCCACCACAACCACCACCACUACGCCGGUAGAUUCAUCUUUAUCUAUCGUUUCUGUACCGUCUGCGGUCUCGGUGAUUCGUCAACCACCGUCGAAUCUCCGGCGAGCGCUUUCGUUUGACGGUCUUGACGAUCGAGGCAGUGGACUUGAUCUGUUGAGGCUUGACGAUAAAGCGUAUGGUGACGGUGACGGUGAUGGAGAUGGUGAUGGCGAUGGAGAUUUGUUGGAUCUGGAACUAGAUCUAGAACCAGAUCUAGAUGUGGAGAUUGAUUCGAGCGGUUUGCCUGGGAAUUUAAGGUGGGAUGUUUUGAGGAGGUUACCGCCGGCGGGAUUGUUAUCGGCGGCGAAGGUGUGUAAGGGAUGGAGGGAGACGGCGAGGAAGCUGUGGAAAGCGACGGAGGAGUUGAAGCUUAGGGUUCCGGUGAAGGUUCAUGUUGGAUUUGUUGCAUCGAUGCUGCAGAAAUGUCCUGGGAUUUUGAGGCUUUCGCUUAGAAUGGAAAGUGAUUUUGAUUCGACUAUGCUGGCUUGCAUUGCAUUUUCAUGCCCCAAUCUGGAGUCUAUGGAGAUCUCUGUCUUUGACACCGCAACCAAUCGGAUCAAUGGGGAUGAACUAGGCCGAUUUGUUGCUGACAAAAGAAACCUCAAAACCCUCAAGAUGGAAGGUUGUUCUAAUCUAGGGGGUUUUGUCCUCUCUUCAUCUAGUUUGUCUACACUUUGGCUAUCAGAUCUGCACUCUCUGUCUAAGAUGGUAUUUAACUGUCCGCAGCUGAGAGAGAUUUCACUUGAAUUUUCUUGCCAAGAAAAUGCCAGCACUGACCUCAUAACUAUGAUUGAAGGAUUGGGAAGAAGUUGCUUGAAAUUGCAAAACAUCCAUAUAGCUUCAAUGCGGCUUUCUCAUGCUGCUGUGCUUGCUCUUACUGCUGCUCAAUUGAGGGGGUUGCGAAUGCUUUCUCUUGUUCUUGGAUCUGAAUUAACCGAUGCAUCUGUUGCUGCAAUUGCCUCAAGCUAUCCAAAUCUAGAGUUGCUUGACCUCAGUGGAUCUGGCAUAAGUGACAGCGGCAUUGGAAUGAUUUGCAACGUAUUCCCUGAAACACUUAAAAGACUUCUCCUUGCUCUUUGCCCUAAUGUGACUUCAAGUGGCAUUCAAUUUGCUACAGCUCAAUUGCCACUUCUUGAACUUAUGGACUGUGGCAUGACCAUAUGUGAUCCUAAUUUCCCAGAUCCAACCACUGUCGAAAAUAAUGGCAAAUCGCUGAAAACAUCCAGUGCAAAUCUACAGCAUAUAAACCAAAAGCUAAUCAUCAAACAUAGCCGUUUAAAGAAACUCAGUUUAUGGGGUUGCACCGGCUUGGAUGCCCUAUACUUAAACUGCCCAGAACUCAAUGAUCUGAAUCUAAAUUCUUGUAGAAAUUUGCAUUCAGAGCGGCUGUUGCUUCAGUGCCCCACUUUGGAAAAUGUUCAUGCAUCAGGUUGUCAGGAUUUGUUAGUCGAGGCUAUCCAAAGUCAGGUCCGCAAUGUUUUUCCUGCUAUAGAUAACCAUUCGCCUUCUAAACGUCUACCUGAUGGCUCCAAAAGGGUUCGGGUUCCUUAUUUACUUAGUGGCGAGUCCCCUGAACCUGAAAAAAAGCGAAGGAGGAUCGAGAGACUUCCGUGUAAUGUGCUUGUGGACUGAUCUCCCUUGAAACUUAUUCUAAUUUUUCUGUAUGGUGAUGAAGGUGGGCUGGAACUUGUUUUAUUUUAUACAUAAGAAUGUGCAAUAUCUUGUAUGUUAUAUUAAAUGUAUUAUCCCUUAGCUACCAAACAGGUAAUAAUUUUUCAAUUUAGGCUCUCAAACUGGUUCCCUAGAUGAAACUGUAUCUCAUCUUAAACAAAUGUUUAUGUUUACAAAUACUCUUGUAUGAACUAUGGUCUAUGGAUGAAUGCCUCAUUUUUAAUGAAAUAAAGUAUUUUAUGAAAA